AUGUCUGUUAUGUACAGUUCCCCUCUACACCCAAGCAGUUCAGCUGCAAAUCGCGGUUUAGGGAAGCUUACUAGGCGAAAGCGAUCUCGUGAGCCAGAUGAUGAUAAUUCUUCAGCUCUCCCUCCUUCCAGUCCGCCGCCUUCCUCCCCCCCAAUGCUGCCUCUCGAAGAUGACGAUGCGGAAAACGAUUUGGACGAAGAGGCCGAUUUCAUUGGCGAUAUCGACGAUGCUGAUGAGAUGGCAGAAGAAGAAGACGGCAUUGACCUUUUCGCUGACACUUUUGAGCGCGACUACAGACCGCGCGGCCCUGAGGCAUACGAAGGAGAUGAUAUCGAUGAUACGGGAGAACACGAAGAGCUGGAUUUGGCCACUAGACGUCAACUUGAAGCCAGACUCAACAGACGUGAUAGAGAACUUGCUCGAAGACGACGCAUGCCCGCAGCAUUUUUGCAGGAUGAUGAAGACGAUGGGAAUGUCGACCUUACAAAACAGCCUCGUAGACGACGGCAUCACUACGACGAGGAUGCUGACGAGAUGGACAUGGAUAUUAUGGAUGAAGAGAUGACCCUCGAAGCCUUGGCGGAAAUUAAAGCUGCCAACGUUACCGAAUGGGUUGCCCAACCGUCUGUCCAUCGAUCCAUAUAUCGCGAAUUUAAGUCUUUCUUAACCGAAUUUACGGACAAGGACGGUACUUCGGUUUAUGGAACGCUUAUUCGAAACUUGGGAGAAAUAAAUUCUGAAUCUCUCGAGGUUUCGUAUGCCCAUUUGAGUGAUUCGAAGGCCAUUGUAGCUUAUUUCCUGGCCAAUGCCCCCGCAGAGGUUUUGAAGAUUUUCGAUCAGGCGGCAAUGGAGGUAACCCUACUCCAUUAUCCCGACUACCAUCGCAUUCAUAACGACAUUCACGUUCGUAUCACCAAUCUUCCAGUUAUGUACACUCUUCGACAACUACGCCAAAGUCAUCUUAACUGUCUGGUUCGUGUCAGCGGAGUUGUAACCAGGCGAACUGGUGUUUACCCCCAAUUGAAAUACGUCAUGUUCAAUUGUACCAAAUGCGGUAUUACAUUGGGACCGUUCCAGCAAGAAUCAAACGCUGAGAUCAAAAUCUCUUUCUGCCAGAACUGCCAGAGUCGUGGCCCUUUCACUCUUAACUCUGAAAAGACUGAAUACCGCAACUAUCAGAAAAUGACCCUUCAGGAAUCCCCCGGAACAGUCCCCGCUGGACGACUUCCACGACACAGAGAGGUUAUUCUUCUGGCAGAUCUCAUUGACUCUGCAAAACCAGGGGAUGAAGUGGAAAUUACUGGAAUCUAUCGCAAUCACUACGACGGCCAGUUAAACAACAAGAACGGCUUCCCAGUGUUUGCAACGAUCUUGGAGGCUAAUCACCUAGUGAAAUCCCACGACCAACUCGCUGGUUUCCACUUGACUGAGGAGGACGAGCGGAAGAUUCGAGCGUUAUCGAGAGACCCUCAGAUCGUGGACAGGAUUGUACGAUCCAUAGCUCCAAGCAUUUAUGGCCAUGAAGACAUCAAAACUGCUGUAGCACUCUCUCUUUUUGGUGGGGUGAGUAAGGUGGCCCAAGGAAAGAUGUCCAUCCGUGGUGAUAUCAACGUACUCCUCCUUGGCGAUCCAGGUACAGCCAAGUCCCAAGUAUUAAAAUACGUUGAGAAGACCGCCCACAGAGCUGUUUUUGCUACCGGUCAAGGUGCCAGUGCCGUCGGUCUCACAGCUAGUGUUCGCCGUGACCCAUUGACAAGCGAAUGGACGCUUGAAGGUGGAGCGCUCGUGCUCGCUGACCGGGGUACAUGUCUUAUCGACGAGUUUGACAAAAUGAAUGACCAGGACCGCACGUCCAUCCAUGAAGCCAUGGAACAACAAACAAUUUCAAUAUCCAAGGCGGGCAUUGUCACAACACUCCAAGCACGUUGUGCUAUUGUCGCUGCAGCCAACCCUAUUGGAGGCAGAUAUAACGGCACCAUUCCAUUUUCCCACAACGUCGAGUUGACAGAGCCUAUUCUUUCGCGUUUCGAUAUUCUCUGUGUCGUUCGAGACACAGUUAGCCCAGAAGAAGAUGAACUAUUGGCGAAAUUCGUCGUUGACUCACAUUCCAAAGCCAACCCUCCUAGACCGCAGACCGAUGAGUAUGGAAACCCCGUUCCACGUGAAACCUCUGGGGAUGACGAGGAUGAAGAAAUGGGCGAGUCUCAUCCCGUGAAUGGAGAGUCCGGGGGAGCAGAGCAGAUUCCCCAAGAGCUUCUCCGGAAAUAUAUUCUGUAUGCCAGAGAACGGUGUCGCCCAAAACUAUAUCAGAUCGACCAAGACAAAGUUGCCCGACUCUUUGCAGACAUGAGAAGAGAAAGCUUAGCCACGGGGGCAUAUCCAAUUACCGUCCGUCAUCUCGAAGCCAUCAUGCGUAUUGCUGAAGCAUUCUGCAAAAUGCGAUUGUCGGAUUACUGCACCGCUCAAGACAUCGACAGAGCGAUUGCUGUGACGGUUGACUCGUUCAUCAGCAGUCAGAAAGUUAGCUGUAAGAAGGCUCUUUCGCGAGCGUUCGCUAAAUACACGCUGGCUAGACCCGGCACACAGAAACGGCGGGGACCAACUGUUGGCGCUAAUUCUGGGCUAUCAUCAGGCCAGCGCAAUGGCAUGGAUCGGAGGGGACUGUGA